GCGGGCCGAGGUCGGGGCGCGGGGCCCCUCUCGGCGGAGCCUGCUCAGCGCGGUCCCCGCGCCCUCCGCCUGGCUCUCCGCGCUCCCUCGGCACACCGCGGGGAGGAGGCGCCCUCUGCGUAGCGGGCCCGGCGGUGCAGAGCAUCGCGGGGCGCGGCCGAGGGGAGGAGAAAGGAGACAGCGGAGUAGGCCCGGGCUCCCGGGACGCCAGCUCCGCCAAUCUGCGGGCGCUGACGCGGGGGGCGGCUCCGCGGCGCUCGGAUAUCUGCCCGCCCGCCGGGGCGCCGGGCGCCGAGAGGUUGGGCCGCGAGGGCGCCGCGCUUGGGGGCGGCCGCUGCACCUGCCCGGGACCUCGCCGGCCUCUCCGCGCGCCCUGCCCCCGCCGGCGCUGCUCCCGCCCUCUCCUCGGCCCCAGCGGCCCCGCGCCCUGGUUCCCCAGCAGGUCCCCACCUGCGGGCCGCGGCGCGCCCGAGGGAGAGAGCGCCGAGCCCUGCCCGGGGAGCCACCCCUUCUCCUGGCCGGCCGGGCACCCAGCGCGGCCCACGAAGCCGUGGAGACUGCUCCGAGCCUCGGAUCGGAUUGCGCCGCGCGGUUGCCGCCGCCACCUCCGGGCCGCCGCGCCUGGGCCGGGAUGGGCCUAAGUGUCCGGCCCCUGAGCGCCUGAUGAGCGCAGCCGCGGCCCCGGAGACCCAAGCGGGCCGCUACGUGCGCGGGGCCUCACCAGGCUGCGCCCCUCGCUCCGCGGACCGCUGGGCCGGGCCGGCCGAGGGCGCCGCCGCUCCGAAGAGGCGAGAGGGACCUGCUCGGACAUGGCCGGGCAAGCGGGCGCUUUGGCGUCGGGCGCCCUCCGCAUGGGACAGCCCCAGGGCUGGUAGCUGGCCGACGCCAGAUGGACCUUGACCCGCGCCGCGGCACCUCACUCGUGCCGAGUCGAGGCUAGAGGGGCACGGGCGGGCGGCGCUCCGGGGGCGCCCGGAGGUCCAGGCCGCGCUCGUCCGGGACCAUGAAAAUGAUUCUGGUGCGCAGAUUCCGCGUGCUCAUCCUGAUGGCCUUCCUGGCGGCUUGCGCGCUGCACCUCCUGCUGGACCUGCUGCCCAAGCUGGAGCGGAGCGCCGCGCGGCCCUCGGGGGAGCCCGGCUGCUCUUGCGCGCAGCCCGCGGCGGAGGCGGCGGCCCCCGGCUGGGCCCAGGCGCGCGGACACCCCGGAGGGGAGCUGGCGGCCGCAGCCUCCGCCGCCGGCGACGCGGGCUGGCCCAACAAGCAGACGCUGCGUGCCCUGCAGGACUUCAGCUCCGACCCUUCCUCCAACCUCACGUCCCACUCGCUGGAGAAACUACCCCCCGCAGCCGAACCGGCGGAGGGCGCCCCGCCGGGGCAGGACCCCAGCGCCCCGGGCCCCCCAGACCGGGCUCGCCGGCCGCUCCCCCGGGACCCCGGCCCGCGUGGACCUGUGCUGCCCCCUGGCUUGAGCGGGGACGGCUCCCUCCUAACCAGGCUGUUCCAGCACCCACUGUACCAGGUCCCCAUUCCACCUCUAACGGAGGGCGAUGUCCUCUUCAACGUGAACAGUGACAUCAGGUUCAACCCCAAGGCAGCGACCGCGGAGAACCCAGACUGGCCACACGAAGGUCUUGAGGAUGAAUUCCUGCCCACCGGGGAGGCGGCCGUGGACUCCUAUCCCAACUGGCUCAAGUUCCACAUCGGCAUCAACCGAUAUGAGCUGUACUCUCGACACAACCCUGCAGUGGAGGCCCUGCUCCGUGACCUGGGCACCCAGAAGAUCACCAGUGUGGCCAUGAAGUCCGGUGGCACGCAGCUCAAGCUCAUCAUGACCUUCCAGAACUACGGGCAGGCGCUGUUCAAACCCAUGAAGCAGACGAGGGAGCAGGAGACGCCUCCCGACUUCUUCUACUUCUCGGACUACGAGAGGCAUAAUGCGGAGAUCGCCGCCUUCCACCUGGACAGGAUCCUGGAUUUCCGCCGGGUUCCUCCUGUGGCCGGCAGGCUGGUCAACAUGACCAAGGAGAUCCGGGACGUCACGAGGGACAAGAAGCUGUGGAGAACCUUCUUCAUCUCCCCAGCCAACAACAUCUGCUUCUACGGGGAGUGCUCGUACUACUGUUCCACGGAGCACGCGCUGUGCGGGAAGCCGGACCAGAUCGAGGGCUCACUGGCCGCCUUCCUGCCCGACCUGUCCCUGGCCAAGAGGAAGACCUGGCGGAACCCCUGGCGACGCUCGUACCACAAGCGCAAGAAGGCAGAGUGGGAAGUGGACCCUGACUACUGCGAGGAGGUGAAGCAGACUCCGCCCUACGACAGCAGCCGCCGCAUCCUGGACGUCAUGGACAUGACCAUCUUCGACUUCCUCAUGGGGAACAUGGACCGCCAUCACUACGAGACCUUCGAGAAGUUUGGGAACGACACAUUCAUCAUCCACUUGGACAACGGGAGAGGGUUUGGGAAGCACUCUCACGACGAGCUGUCCAUCCUGGUGCCCCUACAGCAGUGCUGCAGGAUCCGGCGGUCCACGUACCUGCGGCUGCAGCUCCUGGCCCAGGAGGAGCACCGGCUGAGCCUGCUGAUGGCCGAGUCCCUGCGCGCGGACCGCGUGGCCCCCGUGCUGUUCCAGCCGCACUUGGAGGCACUGGACCGGCGGCUGCGCAUCGUGCUCCGGGCGGUCGGGGUCUGCGUGGAGAAGGACGGGCUGCACAGUGUCGUGGAGGACGACCUGGGCCCCGAGCACAGAGCCGCGGCCGGCAGACCCUGACCACCCCGCCAGCCAGUCCAGAUGGUCCUGAGAAGGGCUCCCACUCUGGACCAAGCUCGCAGCAGAAACUCUCCUCCCUUCCCGGGGCCACGGGAGGCUCCCGAGGCCCUCACGGACUCGCGUCAAGGGAUGGACAACGCGUGGGUUUCAGGCGAAGUGAAGGACCAGCCGUCCCCCAGGCACCGCACAGUCCUCAGAGCACCGUCUGGAGCCGGUGCACGUGUGACGAGUCCUGCAGCUGGCUACCUUCGAGGCAUUUCCGUGGAAUAGUUUGCAAUGUGGUAAAAGUGCAAUAAAGAUGAGGCAAGUA